CCAGGAGAAGGCCGACAAAAUAAUAAUGGAAGGGAAAUUUCAACGUCGUUCCUCUGGCAAGGAUGCCAUGGCUCACUCCUAUCAGAACCCAGCUCUCAGCACAGAGGAUAUCGCCAUGGAACCCACAAAGACAGACCCAGAGAGUGGUAUUCACGACAAGGUAGACAGACUUAACUCAUCGUUUCCGAGCAGCGAUCCGCCAAGUUACCACGAAGAAGACAUGGACGAUGAAGAAGAAGAGGAGGAGGACCAGAACAGAUGCAUGAAAGCUGUGUCAAUGGUCUCAGACGGCAUCAGUAAGUUUGUGACGGAACACAAAGUAGUUAUCCGGAGGACCGUCUACGCCAUCCUGUGCCUCGGGUACCUCGCCUUCCUCAUCGCCGCCUGCGUCAUCAACUUCUGCCGUGCGUUCGCGCUCCUCAUCAUCACUUUGGUGGUUCUGGUAUUUGUUGUGUACGGACUCAUCCGGGACCGCUGGGGGAAGACUAUCUACAAGUCCUGUCUCAAACCUGCGGCUGGUUGCUUCAUGAAAGUCUGGAAAUAUGCCAAAUGGAUCGUGUACCUGGGCAUUCUGGUGGGCAUUGGACUUUUCCUGGGUUUGGAAACUGGAAAGCAACCUGAUCAACUCAUCUCUCUAGUCGGCUACCUCGGCAUCAUCCUCUGUCUCUUCAUCUUUUCCAAGAGUCCUGGAAAGGUGAAAUGGCGGCCAGUACUGUGGGGCCUGUCGCUUCAGUUCGUGCUGGGGCUGUUCGUGUUGCGCACAUCUGUUGGGUACGACGUGUUCAAGUUUCUAGGCGACAAAUUUCAGGGAUUGCUGGCGUUCACAGACGAUGGGUCGUCCUUUGUCUUCGGUUCAGGUCUAGUUGUAACAAGCAACACCGCUAACCUGAGCGAGAUCACAUCUUUCGCAGACCUGGCCGUGACAGAGGCCUAUCUUUUGCACAACUUUGUAUUCCAGGUUAUGCCAAUCGUCAUCUUCUUCAGCACGGUGAUGUCCAUGCUGUACUAUCUGGGCUUAAUGCAGAUUGUCAUCCAUAAGCUCGCCUGGAUCAUGCAGUUCACCAUGGGCACGUCAGGGCUUGAGUCAAUGAGCGCGGCAGGAAACAUUUUCGUCGGUCAGACGGAGGCUCCCCUGUUGAUCCGCCCCUUCCUCCCCACCAUGACCAAGUCCGAGCUCCACGCGGUGAUGACCGGAGGGUUCGGGUCCGUGGCUGGCAGUCUUCUCGGAGCCUUCAUCUCCUUCGGCAUCAACCCGUCCCACCUGAUGGCCUGCUCGGUCAUGGCGGCGCCCACCGCCCUGGCGUUGUCCAAGCUGGUCUAUCCGGAGACAGAGAGGAAGAGGACGAAGAAGGACGAACGACUUCAAAUCGAAAUUUCACAGGAGAGGAACCUAUUUGCAGCAGCGGCCUCUGGCGUGUCCGUAGCCGUGACCCUCGUCGCUAACAUCGUAGGGAACAUCAUCGUUUUCAUCGCACUUCUGGGGUUCUUCAACAACGUGCUGUCCUGGCUGGGAGGGAUGGUCGAUAUCCCCAACCUGACGUUUGAGACUAUCUGCUCGUACGUGUUCAGGCCACUAGCCUACGCCAUGGGUGUUCCGUGGGAGGAGUGUCCUAUAGUCGCUGAGCUGCUGGGCAAGAAGAUCUUCACCAACGAGUUCAUUGCCUACCUGGACCUGGGUGACAUAAUCGCCGCCAAGAAACUAUCGGCUCGAUCAGAAGCCAUCGCGACCUAUGCGCUGUGCGGGUUUGCGAACUUCAGCAGUAUCGGUGCCCAGCUGGGCGGGCUGGGGCCCAUGGCUCCCAACAGGAAGGGCGACCUGGCCGAUAUGGUACUCAGGGCAAUGAUCACUGGUGCCUUAGUCAGCGUCUUGAACGCCUGCAUGGCAGGACUCCUGUAUCAAGAGGCGACCAUUGCUGUCCUCCCGACAGCAGCAGUGAACACCACCAUGGGGUACCUGAACAUGACAACUCCUGCACCACCAGCCUGUGCCUAUGCUGGCACUCUUCUGGACUGUAUGUGUUAAAUAAAUAUUCUCAAAGCUGUUGCUUUUCUCGAGCUCAGCUUAAACUAUUAAGUACUGCAUCCACACACGCAAACGGCCAAAAAAGUUUACCCUCUGACAUUGUAUACUACAUGUAUGUACAAUACAUGCACAGAACUACAGAAUUGAUGACAAGAAUGGCAACUUUAUUGUGAGGCUCAAAACUCUGUUGAAGAGUUGAUUGUUUUUUUUUUGUUGUUGUUUGGUUUUUAUUCCUAACACUUAGCAGAUUUUGCGAGGUAUACCGCGAAGAGACAAAGAUGUACGAAAAUGGAAAGAUGGUUUACCAUAUCGGCUCACUUAAAUCUUUAUACCUACAUUUAUGAACAGCCAGAACAUUUCAUUGACAGAUUUUGGAACCAUGAAAACCUACAUAUCAAAAAUUAUCCAGUGGAAGUGAGACAAAUUGCUGAUAAGUGCUUGCUUCAAAUCAAGAAACAAUAAGUGUGGCAAUAAAAACUAUUGCCAUGGCGACGGUUUUAUUGCUUAUGAGUAUCAAUGAUUGUUGUUGUAGGUGAGUUUUAAUAUUAUUAUAUCCAUUCGCCUGGCUGUAUGUAUGAAUAAAAUAUUGUUUUACGCGAUGAAUGUUGGUAGGGCAUUGAUGUUAAAAAAAAGGCGAUCACUUGUGACGAGUGACCUGUAAUAAAUAUUUCUCAUUGAUUAUACAAAUGAGGUCCUCAUUUGCAAAAAAUAUUUCAGUUGAUCAUCUUAUCUACCUAUUAGUAAAUAAAAAUGUGUUCAAAGUAUGAAUAUAUCAAAGAAGAAUAUUGUUGCAUUUUCUCACAAAUUAGGUAAAUGAGACACUAAUUUGCAUGACUAACGUCUGAUAAUGUUCAACUUAACGUAGCUGCCAAAUGUCACAAGAAUGGAAUUUUCCUCACUUAACACUAUGCUAUACAAUUUCUCAUUAAUUAUGCAAAUUAGGUAACAAUAUGCAUAAUUUAUGUCUGUAGAAUUUCUAUCGAAAUUUCUCUCUUUUCUAGUUACAUAUGUCAUAUGUUUGAGCGUCCUAG